AUGAUAUCAUUAUUUUCAUCUGAAUGUUGUGUAAAAAGAUAUGCAAUAGAAGGUUCAUUUGUUCCUCUAUUAGCUUCUUCUGAAUCAUUUAUAAUUAGUUAUGAUGAACAUCCUCGACCUUUAAUUCGUUUAUUUGAUAUUAAUUGUUGUCAAGUGAUGUGUCUUUAUCUUCCAUCAUUAUUGUUUGAUAUGUGUUAUUCAUAUGAUCUUGAUUCAUUUAUUUUUCUUACAACAAAUUGUCUUUAUAAAUUAAAUCCAACAAUAGGAAAAAUAGAAUUAAUAAAUGAUUAUAAUUUAUUAAAAGAAAAUCGUUCAAUGUCAUCAAUAUGUUCAACAGAUGAUCAACGUUUAUUUAUUUUAUAUCGUUUUGGUGAAUAUUUAGAUACAUAUCCAAAAGGAAAACGUAUUUGGAAACGACGACAUUUAUGUGAUUCGAUUUCUGAAGAUAUUUAUUUAAUUCGAUCAUCAAAAGGUAAUUCAUUUAUUCUCGGUUUACUUAUUGUUGAAUGGAAUGGUAUAUGGCGUGUUGAUAUUUUUUCAUCAUCAUUACAUAAACUUCAUACUGGUUUUCGUUUUAAUGGAUGGACACGUGAUACAUGGCUUUCCGAAUGGUCUUCUCAACAAUGUUGGUUUGUUGGAAAUAUACAUAGAUUAAUGAUCGAUUCAAAAGGACAACCAAUUAAUAUUUCAACAAAUCAAUUAGAUUUUGAUAUAAAUAAUAUUACUUGGAUGAUUAACAAAAAUAAUGAUCAGAUCAAAUUGACUGUUAUACGAGGACAAAAAUUACUUACUUUUUUUAAAUAA